AUGCAACAAAAUGCCUGGACACUGAAUGGCACCUCCGCCGGGUCCGGCACGCAUGUCACGUACGACAGGCCUUUGGCGGUGGCGAACGAAGAUUACGCCGUGCUGGGCGGCGUGCUGGGCGGUCUUUUUUUGGCGGCGGUGUACGUGCUCACGCUGAAGAUUAUCGAUGUCUGCUAUCGUCGAAAGUAUCGUCGCGGCCCCAAGUACGAUGGGGUCCCCUUACCCCUCGGACAACCGAGGUCGGGGAUACAUAUAUCACCCGGAUGGUUCCCCUCAGUGAGGCACCAGGUUUCGAUUGGUUCUACUGGCGACGGCGGCGCCUUUUCACCACGCUCUUCCACGCAACGGCGAGUCCGCUUUGAUACGGAGGCACUGGAUCGCGUAGGGAACGAUACUGCCCUGGAGCUGUGGAGGGUCGAUGGGCAGGCCAUCGAUGCUGGCAGGCGAGAUGGUAAUAAUGAAACGGAGUGGAGUUACACCCGUGGAGAAGUAUACGACAACGUCCCCUCCCCACAACCCACGGCCCCGCCCAGGCAAUGA